CCAUGACCUGGCAUGUGCGCUUGCGCGUGCUCGUCACGGUGGCUGCGGGUUUUGCGCACAGGGACGCUACGCUGCAGCUGCGGAGGGAUCCAUAGCAACGGCGGAUAAACAUGAGUUACUACAGCAGACCCUCCAGUUCUUCCAGCUUCGCGUCCACCGUCAUGACCAGCACACUGGAGGACGACAGCCUGAACCUCAGACAGCAGAAACUGGAGAAACAGAGGGCUCUGCUGGAGCAGAAGCAGCGGCGGAAGCGUCAGGAGCUGCUGAUGGUUCAACCAAACCCUGAGGGCCGACCGAGACGCUCUCGGCCCCGACGCAGCGAAGAACAGGCCCCGCUUGUGGAGACCAACAUCAGCACUGCCAGUGACAUCAUACUCGACGGCAUUGAUGGACCUGCGGCACUGCUGGGUUCAGAAGCUCCUGAUCUGGGCAGUAAGAUCCAGGUUUUGUCGGUCAGUCAAACACAGCAGCAGCCGUCGCCACCUGCCGCAGAAGAGCCAGAGACUGACGCUGACACAGACACACUGCUGGAGCCCAAAACUGACAUACACACACUGCUGCAGAGACGCGGUCUGUCUGGCAGCAUGAACUAUGAUGAAGCCAGUGAGGAUGAAGAUGUUGAUGUUGAAGAUGAAGAGCGAAGCCGGUCUCUGUCCCCGAACACUGAGAGCACGCGGCCGGCGUCUGCAUCCAGCUCUAAAUCCACCACAGAGUGCAUCCCGGUGGGCUCUCCAUCAGCCGAGGGCUCCUCCAUAGAGGUGGACAAUCUGGAGGAGUUUGUUCUCCGUCCGGCUCCACAGGGAGUCACAGUGAAAUGCCGGAUCUCUCGGGAUAAGAAAGGCAUGGACCGCGGCCUUUACCCCACAUACUUUAUGCAUCUGGAGAGAGAAGACGGCAAGAAGGUGUUUCUACUGGCUGGACGCAAGAGGAAAAAGAGCAAAACAUCCAACUAUCUGAUCUCUGUAGACGCCACAGAUCUGUCCCGCGAGGGCGAGAGCUUCAUCGGGAAACUCAGGUCUAAUCUGAUGGGCACCAAGUUUACAGUGUAUGAUAACGGCACCAACCCGUCUAAAAACCCUGGAGCGCUGCUGGAGGAGACAAACACACGACAGGAGCUUGCCGCCAUAUGCUAUGAGACUAAUGUUCUGGGUUUUAAAGGGCCGCGGAAGAUGACUGUGAUCAUUCCUGGCAUGAACAUGAGUUUUGAGCGGGUCCCGGUUCGGCCUGCCUGUGAGCAGGAGUCUCUACUGAGUAAAUGGCAGAAUCAUUCGCUGGAGAACCUCAUCGAGCUGCAUAAUAAAGCGCCGGUGUGGAACGACGACACACAGUCUUACGUGCUGAACUUCCACGGCAGAGUUACACAGGCCUCUGUCAAGAACUUCCAGAUCGUCCAUGACAAUGACCCGGACUACAUUGUGAUGCAGUUUGGCCGUGUAGCGGAGGACAUCUUCACUCUGGACUAUAACUACCCCAUGUGUGCCCUGCAGGCCUUCGCCAUCGGCUUGUCCAGCUUCGACAGCAAACUAGCCUGCGAGUGACCCUGAGACACACACAUGGAUACAUACACACCACACAUGUUGGUAUAAUGCACUACAAAAGGCUUUUCUUACUUAGAUAUUUUUUUCUAGUCCAAAUAUCUGACAAUUCUUUAAUCAAGAAGCAUUUUCUAGACAAGCAAAGCAUAGUCUUGUUUUCAGAAAUAAUAUGAUAAAUAAUCGUGUUAUUCCUUUUGAAAUAGGUUUUUUUUUAGCUAAACCCAUUGGUAGAUUAUUUAGCUUGUUUUAAGGAAAAAUCUAUUAAUUUUGACAUAUUAUUUUUUAAAACAAGACUGUGUGUUUUACUUGUCUAGAAAAUGCUUCUUGAUUUUGGAAUUUUUAGAUAUCUGGACUAAAACAAGACAAUAAAUGUAAGUAAGACAAGUAUUAUUUGCAGUGUGGUGGUUAACAAGGACACUUCGUAGGUGUAUUGUAUUUUAUACAGUAAAAAAAUGCUUAUUAUAUAGCUCUACCCCUAAACCACAAGUGUCAAACUCAAUUUCUGGUAGAUUGCAGCUCUGUAGAGUUUAGUUCCAACCCGAAUUAAAAAACAUUUCAGCCUUUUUGAAACCUACAGGUAAGUGUGUUGGAACAGGUUUGGAACUAAACUACAGAGCUGCGGCCCUCCAGGAACUGAGUUUGACACCCCUGCCCUAAACCCAACCCUCAGAGAAAACCUGUGACAAUAUUUGAAUGUGAAAAGACCCCGUCAAGUAUCAUUUAAAGCAUAUUGAAUUACAAGGACACAAGGCACGUCUUUGUAAACAAAAUAAUAAGAGUACAACUAAGGUUUACCAAUGUUGAUAUACAAAUUUCUGUCCUUGUAAACCACCAAACCAGUACACACACAAUCGAGCCUCUCAUGCUCAGGUCACCUCAUCUGUCCUACAAUUCACACCUGAGCAAGAGGACUUGUGCUCCAUCAUGACAAAUUAGACAACAGAGACCAAAUUAACUAUUUUACAAAGCAAAUGCAUCAUCUAAUCUUUUACUACCUGGAAUAACUGACAAGAUCCUCUUUUUUUCUGAAAAGAGAAGCUGGAUUUAUGCUUUAACGGACCAAUAGAAAAGAAACAGAGGGUUAUUCUUACACUGACAGAUUAUAUUUAGGAUACUUAUGAUAUUUUCUGUGUCGUUCUGAUGGAUUUGAAGAGUAUGUGGUUAGGGAGAGUGUUCAGAUCAUUUCACCACUUAAAAAAGAAAUUAUAUUUUGCAUGAAGAAAAUUAAUUAAUUACAAGCAAAAACAAAAUCAUAUAAUAAAAAUAAUUUCAUGAAUUGCACUACUUUGUAACAGAUGCAUUAGAGAAAAUUGGAUUUUUGAGGUUUGCUUAAUUUUCUUUGUGUACAAUAUAAUUCAUUUAUUUUCCCUCUUUUGAUAUCGAGGUGAUGUGCUCUAAAUGUAUUUUCAUAAGAUUUAGAUUUUAAAUUCAGAUGAUGUUGAUGUAUUUUUGAUGGUUUUAACACUUUCUGUUUUUAACUCCAUAUCUGCUCACCAAAAAUCCCUGAGAAAAUACUUUGCAUGCUAAUCGAUGAAGAGGAACGCUGGAUUCUUCUCUCUUGUGCCCUCGUGUUAACCUUUCAAAACGGACGCACACCGCUGCUGCAUGGAUUGUGAACGUUGCCUUAAUAUGUUGCUGUACUGUAAAUAGUGUCUGAGUCUCAGAAGAGUGUUUACAUCAUGGAAAAGGGAAGUUUAAGCACAUUUGUUCCUGUUCAGUGUGUAUUCCUAUUGAUAUGAUUGAUAUGUGUGUUGAUGUUCAUCAUAUGUUUUGUGUCUGUCAGCCAAGAGUGUACUGAUAUAUAUAUAUAUAAAAAGUAAAACAUUUGUUUUCAUUUUAAAUCAAUAACCUGUUUGCACAAACUGUAUUUUUGAUGAAGCUGUUGAUAGAAAUACAGUUAUUAA